UCAGCCUCAAGCCCACAGCUGUGAAGGACUCAUGUUUCCACCCGUCCAGUCUGAAGUGUUAUCAAUGUGCAGCUGCUGCUGCUGCUCGGUCAUUUAUUAAUCUGUCGGUGAUAAAAGCAGGUGAGAACCCGCAGACUGUCGUCAGAUUCCUGCGGCAGAACUCAGGAAAACUCCAGCUGACAAACAUCACAGUUUACAUCCCAGCAGCAGCACAACUCUGGCUAUGAAGGUGAGCUCAGCACAUUCAACUCUGAAUGCUCCUUGGUCAUGACGGAUCACGGAGCUGAAACAUUCUCUGGAGACACGAGGUUCUCCCAGGAAAUGUUCUCUGCUUUACUUUGGAGCUUCACGAUACGAGCAGCAGGAAGAAAUAUUUGUGUUCCUCUGCUGCAGCUGCUGUCAGCUCUUCUCCUCCUGCUGGUUCCUCUGUUGGCCAGCAGUCAACGGGACUGCAGCAACGUUUAUCGUCCGGAUCCCAACAGUCCCAGUGGAGUUUACACCAUCUAUCCCAUUAACUCCACAUCUGGUGUCCAGGUUUACUGUGACAUGGACUCACAUGGAGGAAAAUGGACCGUGUUCCAGAGAAGGAUGGACGGCACGGUAAACUUCUACAGGAACUGGAAUGACUACAAGUUGGGCUUUGGGAACGCAGAUGGAGAGUACUGGCUUGGUCUGGAGAACGUCUACUCCCUCACUCAGCAGAAACAGUAUGAGCUGAUAGUGGACAUGGAGGACUUUGAAGGAAACAAGGCGUACGCUCGUUACACCUCGUUCAGUGUGGGUUCUGAGUCCGAUGGGUAUUCUCUACACUUGGGUGAUUACAUCGACGGAGGAGCAGGAAACACUCUGCAACGUCAUAAUGGACAAGGGUGGCAGACUUUUGACCGUUAUCUGCACACCGGGUUUUUCAACUGUGCACAGUCAUUUCUAGGAGCUUUCUGGUACUGGAGGUGCUACUAUGGAAACCCAAAUGGGGUCUACAUCUGGGGCGCUAAUGGAUCUGAAUAUGAGGUUGGAGUAAUCUGGAUCGACUGGAAGGCCCGGUACAAUCAGCCCGACUAUUCCCUGAAGGCCAUCAGCAUGAAGAUCCGCCCUGUUUAGUAAAUCAGCAGCUCAAAACUCCAGCAGGAAGCUGCCGAAUCCAACAUGAAUAUUUGGCAAUAAAGGCUGAACAGAUCAUC